AUGGUGGAAGGAGUUGUGCGAGAAAGCGGGCUAAAGCCUGUUUCAAUCUUGACAAAUCGGUCUGAUUCUAAUGUGAGCCUGUCAAAUGAGAAGGAUAAAGAUGAAGUUGGUGGCAGAUGUGGGUUACCUGGGCAUCCGAAGUUUGUUCCGCUGGAAACGGCUGUCCGGGAUCGCGAGAAUGGGCACAUGAAGAGUAUGCCUAAGCUACAUCUGGUGACGAAAAUGAACAGUGAGCGUGAAGCGGAUGAUUUGAGUGGGUCCGCAAGGUCAGCUUUGACUGGUACUUCGGUUUCCUUUACGGUGCCACAGCAUCAAGAUAAGGCUGCGGUACAUAGACGGUCUAUUUCCACUAAGCCGCAAUCGAGUAAGGUAACAUCGCCAAUGUCUGCCACGACGCCUGUAUCGUUGGGCUUGACGGCAGCACUUGGCGGGAACAGUAUAGAUGUGUCCAAUGGUGAGCCGUUGCCCAGUAUCACGCCUGUUGAUUCGUAUUCGAACAUGGAUGAUGUUACCUCGUGGUCCGGAUCAUCUCGCCAAAAUUCGAUCCACAUUCCGGGAGACUUUAUAUACUUUGACACACAACCUAGGAACGGCAGCAACGACGUGGUACCGGAUGGCCACUCGCCACACUUGAACGGCCAUGCGUUUUCAGGGCGUUCUCCUUCUGCUGGUUCGCUGGUGGACAGUGUUCAUGGGGUUAGUAACAGCAACAAUAACUCCGAGUCAAAUUUGGUCGCUGCUGGUGCCAAGAAGCCAACAACUAAGAAAAGGAUAAGCGAAGAAGAGCCUCAUGUGCCCUUCACAGAGCUUUUCCUAAAGGAAGAUGACGAGAAGAUACAUAUCUUGAUUGGUGCGACGGGAUCGGUGGCCACGAUCAAAGUACCGAUGAUCAUCGACAAAUUGUACAAGAUAUACGGCGAAAACAAAGUUUCCGUCCAAUUAGUGCUCACAAAACAUGCGGAACAUUUCUUGAAAGGCGCUAAAAUCAAUAAGGAGGUGAAGAUAUGGCGAGACGAGGACGAAUGGUAUGGAUUCAAGAGGAUGGGAGAUCCAGUGCUACACACAGAGCUUCGAAAAUGGGCGGACAUUUUCCUUAUAGCUCCGAUGAGUGCAAACACGCUGGCCAAAUUAGCUAACGGGGUGUGUGAUAAUCUAUUGACUUGUUUAGUGAGAGCAUGGAAAUCCGUACCUAUUAUUAUCGCGCCAGCAAUGAACACUUUUAUGUACAUUCACCCGGUGACCAAAAAGCAUUUAAAAAUAUUACAAGAAGAUUAUCCAUACAUGGAGGUACUAAAGCCCGUGGAGAAGGUGUUGGUAUGUGGUGAUAUAGGGAUGGGUGGUAUGAGAGAAUGGAACGAAAUCGUGGAUAUUCUCACGAAAAGGAUCCAAAUGUACAGGGACGAUAUAAAGGCUCAAGAAGAGGAAGAAGAUGACGAUGAUGACGAUGACGACGAGGAUGACGAUGACGAUGAUGAAGACAAUGACGACGAUGAUGAUGAUGAUGAUGAUGACGAGGAUGAUGAUGACGAUGACGAUGACGAUGAUGAUGACGACGACGACGAUGAAGAAAGUACAGAAAUUGAUACCACCACCACCAAAUGA